AAAAAAAAAGAGAGCAAGUUAGUGCUUGGAGAAAAACUACAAAAGUUAUGUUGGGGCUGUCUUAUUGUAAGCCAAGUUAGCCAACAACAAUAUUUAAUAUACUUUGUAAAAUUGUUUUAUUCCUGUAAUGCAGAGCUGAAUUUUCAUUAGCCAUUUCUCCCAUCUUCAGUUCUAAUUUAUUAUCAAUAUGCUGAUAAUAAAAGAAAAAAAAAUUCAAAAACCUACUGACCCAAACAUUUUAAAUGUAGUGUAAAUUGUUACAAAAUAUUUAUAUUUUAAAUAAAUGCAUUUCUUUUUGCACUUUUUAUUACAAGAACCCUAAAUAUCAGUAAAAAAAAAUAAAUGAAUAAUCAGUGGGAUUUUUUCCAACACUGAUAAUAAAUCAGCAUAUUAGAUUAAUUUCUGAGAGAGCUUUUCAAGGACACUGAAGACUGAAGGUAUGGAUUACAAAUUCAGCUUGGCAUUACAGGAGUAAAUAGUAUUAAGUAUAUUUGUAUAGAAACCCCUUAUUUAUUCUAAUAAUAAUUCUACUUAUAUUUCACAAUAUUAUAGUUUUACUGUAUUGUAUCAAAUAAAUGCAACAUUUAUGAGCAUAAAGAAAAUUUUAAUGAUCCCACACGUUUGAAUUGUAUGCAUGCGUAUAUGUAUGUAAAUUGUACGUGUAUGCGUGUACACACACACACAACAAAAAACAAAAAUUAAACGAUGUGCAAAAAAAAGUUUUAAAUACUGUAGGAACAAAAAUUGAAUGAAACAAGCUUCUUUCUUCUCUCUUAAUAAGAACACAGUACUUGACAGAUUAAAGAUUAAUCAUUCAUGAGCAUACUUGUCCGUAGGUGUUGUGGCAGUGAGUCAGGGGAGACAGGUCACCAGUAUGAGGGAGUAAUUGAGAGCAAAGAGGGGGAGGAAAAGUGCCAUGUGUUUUUCCAGUGAUUGAGAGAGCAAGGAUGUGUAAGAGAUCGAGAAUGAAUGAGAGUCCAAGCUCUCCAAGCUGUAAUUCUGUUUAAAAUGCAUUCUACGCAAAACACUGAUGUGUCGUCUCCCCCUCCCCGAUGCACUCUCUCUCUCUCCCUCUCUCUGCUUUAUUUGCCGUCUGCUGUUCUAAUCAGAUAGAAGAGCUUUUCUGUGCAGUGGUGUGGAAGUGGAGCUCUUUCUGCAGGAGACCCGAGCCAUGCCAAACACAGACAGCUACAGGUCACACUCUCUGAACGCUUCAGGGGGAUUCUGUCUGCAAAUAAGAGACGCUCUGUGCACGAAGUGACUCUUCUCAUCUUUUACGAUCCUUUAAAAGCACUGCAUUUCAUCUCAAACCAGCCUAUGUCAAACUGUGCAUGCAUGAGGGCCUGUGUUUCAACUUAAAAAAAAAAACAAAAAACAAACUCAACAUGACUAUCACCAUUCAGAAUAUCACAGCCACCUCUGCCAUCGUGAGCUGGCCGUCAUCUCCAGGCUGCGUGGACACGUUCUACAGCGUCAUGUAUCACCCCAACUGGAACAGCCUGUUAAUGGGUUAUACUCGCAAGAGCUUCCUGCGGGAGGACAGGGUCCCCGUGAGCCAGACGUCCACGAGUCUGGGCAGCCUCAGUCCACAGACCACUUACAUCCUCUGCGUCACCUGCCAGUCUGCCAACCCCACCAGAGAGCAGUGCCAGGUCUUCAGUACCUUAGAUGAGGGCACUGAGCUGGGAGAGAGCGGCAGGGAGCUGGCGAUGGGCGUCUGGCUGGCCAGCAGCAUCCUUUUGCUGAUCAUUGCUGUGGCUCUGCUUUGGGGAUGUCUGCACACCAUGUGUCCAGCAAAGAGGGACCCAGAAAGAGGCAGCCAGUCAGGUCCUAACCCUCCACACCUGGCCCUGACCCCCAUGGGUGGCAACAUGGGAAGCGAAGGAAGAAAAAGUCUGUACACACUCAGCUGCAGCGGGGAAGACUCUCAGAACGCAACGGUGAUUGAGAAUCCUUUUCGAGCCGAGCACGGCAGGGAAAUGGUGAACGGGCAGGGUCUUGAACUUCGAACACCAAGUAAUAAACAGAGAUUUGGCCCUGGGUCAGAAUAACUAGGGCACCAAAUUGUUAUUUUGAUGCGCUGACCCCAAAAAUUCAAUGAGGACAAACGCCGGGGUUGAAAUCAUUUUGAGGAAAGGAGAUCGACAGUCGAACCAGGAUGACAGGGUUAAAUUAGCAUUUAAAUGUAUGAUGUUAAUAUCACAAAUAUAUUAAAACUGAAGGAAACUGGAGGAGGUGGCUUGGCUUUAAACUUUUACAAACUGCAGUUUUUUUGUGGUAUGCCUUUACAGUGGUUCAAUUUUUAACGUGAGUUCAUGUAUUUGGAAUGAGAAUUAAUCUAGGUUUAUGCUUUUGUUCCAUUUAUUUACUACUCAUUUACAAUAAUUUAUAAAUAAUAAUCAUAACUAAAAUAAUCGUUUAAAAAUUUAAUUUUAUUUAGUAAGAAAUAAAACAUUCACAUCAAAACAAAAUAUUCACAUCAGCAUAACUUAUUUUAGAUAUUUCCACAUAAUUCGGCUCACCUAUCAGCUUACAAUGUUGGAAUUGUGUCUGUAGAGUACAGUAUCAGUUUAAAGUUAAACACCACUGACAUAUUGGUUUUGCAAGGCAUAAAACAUCCAACCAAAAAAAAAAAUAAAAAUCUUGUGCAAACAACUGCUUUGUGCAACGUUACCUUUAAUGGCUGUAGAAGUGAUUUUAAUCUCUUUGUGAGUUGAUAGUCUAUCAGUUUUGUGUUAGUUGCACUUAAAUCCUACUAUGCUUGAAAUGUACUUUGCUACCUAUCCAUCUUGCUUAAUAAAAAAAAAAAAAAAAAAAAA